GCGGCAUAACAACUUUUCGCCUCUCGAGAGCUCUUGAGAGACGACAAGUCCUGUUUGAUUAUAAAGCGGCCCGGCUAUAUUUAUAUACGCGCGUACGUAGCCGGAGCGCACGCAUCUCGCGCAUGAAAACGAAAGCAGAGUAAAAAGGCGUAAACUUUGAGUUUUUUCUGGUAGCUCCAGGUCCGUAUUAUCCCGGCGCAAGGGAAACGCGAGCAAAACGAAGAGCCGCAACAGCGGCUCGCCGCGCUCGCGGAAUCGUAUAAAAGGACGGGGCUCUCCAGGGAUCGACAUACUGUUCUCUCAUCGAGCACCAGUGACCAACCUCCUCAUUCAAGAUGUUCAAGCUGUUCGUCUUCUGCGCCAUCCUGGCCUUCGCCGCUGCCAACCCAGCCCCGGCCCCAGCACCAGCACCCGAGCCGAAACCAGGCGCGAUCCUGGCUGCGCCCUACACCGCCGGCUACAUCGCACCCAUCAACUACGGAUCCGCCUACUACCCGUCUCUCUACAGCUCGUACUCGAGCUACAGCGCCCUGCCAUACUACAGGAGCUAUUACUACUAGACGACUCUGCCGUCUCCUAGUAAUGCGAGCUGAAGAUCGAGGGAGAGGAUCGCCGGGGCACCGACUGCUCCUGACACUCCUGUCACCAUCUUCGGGAGCGACAUGGAGCUGCUCGGAGAACCGCCGCUCCGAUCUCGUUUUGGAAUGUCAAAAACACUUUUCAAAGCCACACGCACGCACACCCAAGCCUCAACACCGAUUAACACUCGCCGCUUCACUGCGGCAGCUCUCGUUCAAAUCGAUCAGCAAUAAAAUUGCAUUCAGCUAAUGUUAUGGAAAA